AUGCUAGACUCCAGUGGAUGUGGAGAAGAUCAGGGCAAAUUGCAGAGCGCUAGUAUCGAUUCUGCGGUGAUGUCCGAGGGGACGAUCAAUGAGUUCCAAUAUGAUGCUUACGAGGAUUAUGACGUUGGACUGGCGGAGCGACUUAACGACUUCCUCGAUGAACGUAUUGGCUGUGACGUCGAAUUCAUCGUCGGUGAUGAGAAAGAGGCUAUAUUGGCUCAUAAACUCGUGCUUGCUUGUAGCUCCAAGGUAUUUGCAACAAUGUUUUACGGCGAAAUGGCGCGAAGACGAAGAGCCGACAAAGAAUCCACCACUGGGAAAAGACAUGUACUAUCAUUGGGAAGCAACCAGAAAAAGGAAGGUGUACCCAGCAGAUAUGCUGCCAGACUGAUCCUGGAGCGCAAGCGCCAGACGCGCUACGAGUAG